UUUCCACCUUCCACUUAAAAAAUUGAAAAAAACAAACAGUCUUAACUCUAGUUCUGCUCUCUCGAUCUCUCCUCUACAAUUCAGAUGGUGGAUCUGCAAUGCCUUCAAAGCUUCCUACUACAAUCCCUUGCCUCAUCUUCCUCUCCGUCCUCCUCCUCUACCUCUACUCCACUUCGCUCCUCCCUUACUCCUCUACAUCCAUCACCACACUUUCUCCUUCUACAACUUGCAAUCUCUUCGAAGGCCACUGGGUCUUAGACCCUGAGCCCCCCAAACCCUUUUACGAUGAGUCCUGCCCAUUUCAUAGAAACGCCUGGAACUGCCUUAGGAACAACAGAGACAACAUGGGUCUCAUCAAUUCCUGGAAAUGGGUGCCCCAAAAAUGCAAUUUGCCACGGAUUGAUCCGCAGAGAUUUCUAGGGAUAAUGAGAAAUAGGAACAUUGGAUUUGUUGGCGAUUCUUUAAAUGAGAAUUUUUUGGUGUCGUUUUUGUGUAUUCUUAGAGAGGCUGAUGCUGGUGCGAAGAGGUGGAAAAAGAAGGGGGCUUGGAGAGGUGCUUAUUUCCCUAAAUUCAAUGUCACCGUGGCAUAUCACCGGGCUGUUUUGCUCUCCAAAUAUCAGUGGCAGCCAAAACAGUCUGCAGUUGCGAAUGAUGGACUGAAGGGAAUGUAUCGUGUAGAUGUUGACAUACCUGCAGAUGAAUGGGCCACGAUCAAUGAUUUUUAUGAUGUUCUUAUAUUUAAUACUGGGCAUUGGUGGGGCCAUGACAAAUUUCCAAAAGAGACACCUCUUGUUUUUUAUUGUGCUGGCCAACCGAUACUUCCUCCUCUUGGGUUGUUUGAUGGACUUAAAGCUGUUCUUGACAAUAUGGUCUCAUAUAUACAAAAAGAAGUUCCUGGCAAGACUCUCAAGUUUUGGCGGCUGCAAUCACCACGGCAUUUUUAUGGCGGUGAGUGGAACCAAAAUGGAAGUUGCUUGUUCAAUGAGCCCCUCAAGGAAUAUGAGCUUGAUUUGUGGUUUGAUCCCAGCAAGAAUGGAGUGAAUAAAGAAGCAAGGCAAAUUAAUCAUGCAAUUAAACAGAAGUUGCAAGGCACAGAUAUUCACUUGCUGGAUCUGACUCAUUUGAGUGAAUAUAGAGCAGAUGCGCACCCUGCAAUCUGGUUAGGGAAGAAAGAUGCUGUGGCAAUCUGGGGUCAGGAUUGCAUGCACUGGUGCCUACCUGGUGUUCCUGACACAUGGGUUGACAUCUUGUCAGAGCUUAUCCGUCAAGGUGUUUCGAGGAACUGAUAAAGAGAGAAGGCUACAUUAACAAGUUGUAUCCAGAUUUUGUUUUGCGGAUUUCUGUACAUUACACGGUAAAAUGCAAUGGAGUUCAUGGACCAAUUUAUAGAAUCUGGCUAUCAGAAUACAGGCUGGUGUUUUAGACAGACAUCCUGAUGAUAUUACUUCCAGGAGAUUCAGAUGGAAUAAUCUUCCUUACAUCGUUUUCACGUUGAUGUUCUGAAGGGAACUAAAUUUGUUCCCAGUUGUAAACAGAUGAGUGAGAUUUUGGAACAGGAAAAAAAAAAGGGGGAAAUAAGAAAUUCUUUAGGGUGGUGAAAUAGGUGAUUGGAAGGGUUAUUGAAUGACUGCAUUUUUCUUCCACAUGUUCCUGUACGUUUCAAUUGUCUAAUUUCUGUACACAAUUAUUUCUUUCAAUUUAUAUUUCACUCUUCUUCUCUUGAA